AGCAUCGAGCGGCGCGGCUGCGCUCCUGCAGGGUCGUCCGGCCCAUGCGACAGAGAAACGGUGUCCUGGUGAACCGGGCUCUCAUCGGAGGCAGCCCGCACCCGCCGGGGCCUGAAAAUGCUGAGAUCUAUGUGGAAUUUUCUGAAACGUCACAAAAAGAAAUGCAUCUUCCUGGGCACGGUCCUUGGAGGAGUGUAUAUCCUGGGGAAAUAUGGACAGAAGAAAAUCAGAGAAAUACAAGAAAGGGAAGCUGCAGAAUAUAUUGCUCAAGCACGACGACAGUAUCACUUUGAAAGUAACCAGAGGACUUGCAAUAUGACAGUGUUGUCCAUGCUUCCGACGCUGAGAGAGGCCUUAAUGCAGCAACUGAAUUCAGAGAGCCUUACAGCUCUGCUAAAAAACAGACCUUCAAACAAGGUAGAAAUAUGGGAGGAUCUGAAGAUAAUAAGUUUCACAAGAAGUAUUGUGGCUGUAUACAGUACCUGUAUGCUGGUUGUUCUUCUGCGGGUCCAGUUAAACAUAAUUGGUGGAUAUAUUUACCUGGAUAAUGCAGCAGUUGGCAAAAAUGGCACUACAGUUCUAGCACCCCCAGAUGUGCAGCAGCAGUAUUUAUCAAGCAUUCAGCACCUCCUGGGAGAUGGUCUGACAGAAUUGAUCACUGUCAUUAAACAAGCUGUGCAGAAAGUUUUAGGAAGUGUUUCUCUUAAACAUUCUUUGUCUCUAUUGGAUUUGGAGCAAAAACUAAAAGAAAUAAGAACUCUUGUUGAGGAGCAUAUACCUUCAUCCUCGGCUAACAAGGAUGGAUCCAGAUCUUUUUUAUGCCAUUAUAUGAUGCCAGAUGAAGAAACUCCAUUAGCAGUUCAGGCCUGUGGACUUUCUGCCAGGGACAUUACCACUAUUAAACUUCUCAAUGAAACUAGAGACAUGUUGGAAAGUCCAGAUUUUAGUACAGUUUUGAACACCUGUUUGAACCGAGGUUUCAGUAGACUUCUGGACAACAUGGCUACAUUUUUUCGACCUACGGAACAGGACCUGCAACCCAGUAACUCCAUGACAAGUUAUUCCAGUGUCAGCCUGCCAUUAGCUAAGAUAAUUCCAAUAAUAAAUGGGCAGAUCCAUUCAAUUUGCAGUGAAACACCUAGUCAUCUUGUUCAGGAUCUCUUGAUGAUGGAGCAAGUGAAAGACUUCGCUGCCAAUGUGUACGAAGCAUUUAGUACCCCUCAGCAACUGGAGAAGUGAUUUUUUUCCUUCGUGAAAACCUACAGUGGAAUUCAUUUACUUUUAAAAAUAUAUGGAGUAAGUCGACUACACCUACAAUUUGUCACCAAAAUACCUAAUAAAAUAUAUUCUUAAUCCAGAUCUUCAUUUCAUAAUGAAAUAGAUUCAUUUGGCAUUUAAUUUUUUUUAGAUCAUCAACAACACUUUUGCAGACAUGACUAAGUAUACACGGUACAAAUAUCAGAAUUGUUUAUAAUUUGUCACACUGUGGAUUUUUAAUCCAAACCAAUAUGAAACUACCAUAGAUAUAUUUAUUUCUACACACAGAGGUGUAUGAAAUGCAGUGGACUUUGACAGUAAUACUGAGGAAAACUGUUUGGGAAAUAGGUCUACAAUGUGUGAAGUUUGAAAAUAUGCUGUUUAAUCAUGAAGUUUCAUGGACUGCAGUAAUCAGGAGUAAAUUGGACUUUUCUCGAGUUACCUUCCAAGGAAUAAUUAUUUGUCUCAUCUAUACCUUGAUGGAGGACUUUUCUUCUUAUGAAAUUAGUGAACUUUUAACAACCAUAAUCAGCUGUUCAGCUGUAUUUUUCCAUUUUCUUUUCUUUUCUUUUUUUUUUUUUCUUUUGCUUCGCUGUGUUUUCUAAGCUCCGUUCACAAGCCUAGGAAGUUACACAGUGAUGUAUAGGCUUAAACUGCAUAGACGCUGUUUUACUGGCAGCUACUGAUUACUGUGGUGGUUAGGGUCGAGUUGGACCUGGUGGACCUGGGGGUGCCCCUGGGGAUUGGUGGAGCACAGUUCUAGGUUUGUGUGUGCGGGGCUCCGAGCCGGGCCUAGACAGGAAGGAAGAAAUCUCUGCCCUGCCCUUGGGCUCUGUGCUCUCUCCUGGCUUCCCAGGGGCCAGGGACUCGGAAGCUCUGUUCUGCUUCACUUCUUGCCUUUAAGUUGUGGCGCUGGGUAUUAUAGCCCAGAAAAGAGGAAGCUGACGAAUACAAUUACAUAGUUUUAUCCACUUGUAUGUAAAUAAUUUUAAUAACUUACUUUGUAUUAAUUUUGAGUACAAUCAAUGCGUAUUGCAAUAAACUAUUUUAAUACAA